AUGGUCGAUCACCAUCUCUCCGUCGUUCCAGAUCAGCUCACAGCAGUACAAGACAUGCCGGCCAAGCUUCCGUGGUCUCUCCUCGCCGUCAUGGCGCUCCUCCUGGGGAGCACAGGCGUGUUCCCAGCGGCGGCGGCGGCGGUGGCGGGCGAGGCGGGGAGGAAGGUGACAGUGGCGGUGGAGGGGUUGGUCAGCUGCCAGGACUGCGCCAGCGUGGGGACGUGGGAGCUUGCCGGCUCCAGACGGCUACCGGCGGCCAGGGUGGGCAUCACCUGCAAGGACCACAGGGGGCGGGUGGUGCUGUACAGGGCGGCGACGGCGGACGACAACGGGUACGUGUUCGCUGAGCUGUACACCACCACCAUGCGCGGCGGCUACUUCGACCCGGCGGAGUCCUGCGCCGUGCGCCUCCUGGUGUCGCCCGACGACCGCUGCAGCAGCGUCACCGACGUCAACGGCGGCGACCGGGGGACGCCGCUGCGCUAUCAGAACACCACCAUCCCGGGGCAGUACGCCGACCUCGACGUGUAUGUGGCGGGGCCGCUGGCCUUCAAGCCGGCCUACUGUCCCCCAAAGACGACUUAA